UUUUUUCGAUCCUCGCUUGACAUGAGGCUGUUCCAAGCAAACGGUGCUCAACUGAAGGAACUCACGACCCACGAAAUAGACUGUUUAUCGUUUGACUCGAAAAAAAGCAACGAAAAGGUUGUUCAAGUGUCUCUGAAUUCGGGAACAGUUCCUUCUGGUGAUUACGCAAGAAGAGGUAAAAGAACAGUGAGAAAGAGAAAUAACGUGAAGAAAGUUGAACGCAGUGGAGAAAAGUUGCCAGUUGAUGUUGUAAGUAAUGAGUUAUCACAGAGUGUCGCAAAUUCGACUCUAGUUCAAGAGCGUAUUGCACAAGUUCCCGACGAAGAUAGUGUAAUAGAGCCUGGCGCAGAAGAGUUGAAGAGAAUCGAACGGGAAUUUUGUCUUGAAAAGAUGUUUACUUCAAAAGGAAGAAAUACGGAAAGUUUGAAGCACCAUGGAACUGUUUCUGGUUUUCAGAAAAGUAGGGAGAACGGAGUCGUGGACUUGAAGAGAGUUGAACAAGAUAGGAAGGAAGUGAAAAAAAGAAACAAUAUUGAUUCUUUUUCGCAAGGGUCGAAGGAUAUUGUCGGUAGUGACAAGUUAAAUGAAGCUCAGUCACCAUGGAGAGGUUCCAAAAGCUUCCAAAAAUCAGUUUCGCCAUCUUCAUUUAUAAGUAAUUGUCAUGUGAUUCCCAAGCUGAGUUUUGAAGAAGAAGUUGAUAUUUGUAAUCAAAUACAACUAUUAAGGACUUGGGAAAGAGAGCGUGACCGUGUUAGUGAGUUACUUGGUAGGAAUCCUACUUUAGCUGAAUGGGCGGAAGCUGUUGGAUUUUCCGAUUCAGUUGAGUUUGCGAGAAAGAUAAAAGGCUUGAGAGAAUCCAAGGACAAGAUUAUCCAUUCCAAUUUGCGUCUUGUUUAUUACAUUGCUCGGUUCUAUUCAAAGUAUGGUCUUUCUCUUCAAGAUUUGAUGCAAGAAGGAAGCAUUGGUCUCAUUAAAGCUGCAGAACGUUUUGAUUCGUCAAAGGGAUUUCGCUUUGGUAGUUAUGCAAUUUGGUGGAUCAAAUAUGCGAUGACCCGAGCUUUAACUGAACAGACACGACAUUGGAGAAUUCCUGCGUAUUUUUACGAAUUUAUGUCAACAAUUCGUCGUACUGAUAGCAAAUUGACUGCAGAGUUGGGAAGAGAACCAACUCAAGAAGAAGUGUUUAAAGAAAGUGGUCUUACUAUUGAACAGUUUCAGACUGCCAAUAGAUGUCUUCUUCAUUCUUUAUCUUUGGAUUCUCCUUUAUCCUAUGAAUAUGGUGAUAAGCGUACUACAUUGGGUGAUACGGUUGCUGGAGAUGUUUUACAUCCUGAAGAUGAAUUAGAGAAUAAUAUGUUGCGCAGAGAUUUGGAAAAGAUUUUAGAGGUAACUUUAACUCCAAGAGAACGAGAUGUGAUUAGAAUGCGGUUUGGCUUAGAUGAUGGAGCUUGUAAGACGUUGGAUGAGAUAAGCAGUAUUUUUUGUGUGACACGAGAACGGAUAAGACAUUUGGAGCUGAGUGCUUUAAGAAAACUGAGGCAUCCUUAUCGUUGUAUUCUUUUGAAAGACUAUGUUUCUGUGAAGAACAAAGGCCUCGCAGACUUCUUUUCUAGAAACAUCUCCGAAGAAGGCUUAGAUAACACAGAGUAUUCCUGAUAGUAUUUUUCCUUUUGUUUUGGAGUUAACUUUUGGAGGAUGACUUAUUUUAGUCUUGUCUUUCUUAGAUGUGAAUAUAUAGAUAUGUACAACGAUAUAUAUAUAUAUAUAUAUAUAUAUAUUGCGAAGGAUCGUUAAGUUUUGCAAAA